AUGACUGUCCCAGUGAGAGAGCGCAAAGGGCGGGGGCAGCACCUCCCGGCUGGGUUGGGUCCGCCUUGCCUCGCCUCGGGGAUUCUUGGCGCUCCGCGCCGCCCUCCCGCGACUGCGCUACCCGCCGGAGCCCGGCGUCUUAGCUUUCCUUGCCCUGUGAACGCCGCCCAUCGCUCCCGGGAGGAUUUCGCCUCUAGCACCUCAGGCUUUUCUGGCGCAAAGGUCGCCGGCCAACGCAAGCCCAGGCGAAGGCUUCACUUCUGCAGAAGGAAAGCAAAAGCCGAGGCCCGCUGGCCAAGGGGGCUGCCGAAUGCGCCUCGUGGCUGCCGCUCCAGAAUACGCAGCGGCGGCGCCAGGGCGGUCUCCCAGCCCUGCAGACCCCGGCUCAACUUCCAGCGCCACUCGGGUGCCAGAGACCGCCGCCGCUCCCGGCGCGCCCUACCGCCCCGGCGGGAAGCCCCCGACCAGCCCGGGGCGCCCUCCCGCAGCACCUGCCCGGCCACACCACCUCCCGCACAGCGCGCCCCCCUCCAGCCGCCGGCCCGGAGUUCCCCGGUUUCUGAGCAAGACGAGCCAAAGGGAGUUCCUGAGGCUCAGCAGCCCCCAGCGUCGGCUUCUCGGGUGACCCGACGCACUCCCUGGAGCGCGGGCCCGCCUCCACCAAGCCUCCACCUCAGGUCGGUACAGAGGAGUCGCGGAAAGAUGCAAUGCCCGGCGAGGGACACUCCCCGGAUUUUGAAAAACAGCCUCAUUCCCCUCGAGAGCGCCUCGAUCCCACACCCGCACCCUGUGGCCAGAUGAUUUUAAUCCUGGGAUGAGGCCUCGGUUGGGGGGACUGGGAGCUGGAGCGGGAGGAGAGGAGCCGGCAGCGUGGAGUUGCUGGGGUGCAGCGGCGCGCCGCUAGCGGCGAGGGGUGGCAGGCCCUGCGGCUCCGCGGGGCUGGAGGAACAGGCUCCUGCGCUUCUGCCUCCCGGAGGAUCGCAAUCGCUCAUCCUUACACACACACACACACACACACACACACACACACACACACUACCUCUAGCGCCCCCCACGCCGCAAGCCGGAAUGCAGAGGUCAGAGCCACUGUCCACUUGAAAGCAGGAAAGCAGGCGCUGAAACGCGGAGAUGGAGGCGGAGGCUCUGGCCUCAUCUGCGAGGCUCGCACCUUCGCAGAAGGACCCCCAGUUUUGCCAGGGCAAGCAAGGUCUGGCUUCUGAGACUCAGCUCUCCGGGCUAGCGGUUCGAGCUGCAAGGGGGCGGGGACGGAUUAGGAGGGAGCAGUGUAGAGAGAGCCCACGCUCACUCCUGCCCUCCUCGAAAAGAACUGGCCAGCCCCACUCGCCUCCAGCGCACAACUAGGUGGCCGGGGCCAGGAGGUCAGACCCCAGGGCGCUCCAACUCUGGCGAGGGCGGGGAGGGGAGUGACAGCAGCAACCACUGCGCGCGUUGGCAAAGGCACGGAGUCUCUGAAUAGGCUAAACGGCGGGCUCGGAGGGGUGGAGGCAAGUGGGGCGGAGGAGGAGUUGCCCGAGCGGAGAGGGAUGACGUCCUCCAGGGCCUCUAGCUCCGAGGGACCGAAGAUUGGUGCGCUCGCCGGGCCCCGCGCACUAGCUCUGGGGUUCGCAGAGGGUCCGCGUCCGGUUCCCGCGGCGGCUCCCGCACAGCGCGCAGGCGGCCGAUCUCCGCCAGCUUAAGCGGGGCGCAAGCUCUCUGCCCCCUUUAAAGCACCUCUCUGCUCGUCCCUAGUCUCCGACUGCCCGUCCAAUAGUCCCUGCCGAUUCCGGGCGGACCCGGCCAGGCAGCCCCCAGUCGGGUCAGCCUCGCCGCUUCCUCGCUCUUUCCCCCAUCGACCUCGAGCCAAGGGCAGGCGCCCGCACCCGCGCCUCUGCCCACGGGGCUAGGCGGCGCUCCCGGCCUACGCCCGGCUGCCAAAAAGGAUGGGGCACAGAAAGGGAAAGGCGCUCACCUGGGUCGCGGAAGUCUUCCUUUGAGGCCCCUCCCGGAGCUUAUUCGCAGCCCGCAGGCACAGCCUUCCUUGGA